UGUUUGUUUGUUCUUUCAAAAUAGUUUUGAAAUUUGUACAUAAAUUGCACUUAGUGGGGGCAGCAAACAGUUGCCUUCUACGCCAUAUUUACGCGACAGGAUCACAGUUUGGCCCCGUACUGACAGAAAAUUUGUGAUGGAUCUGAAAUCACGACGUCGGACCCGUUCCAAGUCCAGAAGUCGGAGUAGGGAUUGGCGGAACAGGUCCAGAGUGAGCAAGUCUCGAUCUCCAGAGGAAAGAAGAGGUCGCAGUCGGUCUGCGGACACGAAAAGAACAGUCCGGGACGGGAGACGGUCGAGUAGCAGGAACUCCAGCGAUGGCUCUCCUGCCCGAUGUCGGCCUCAACACAAGGACCGUCCAGACUCCAGAAGCGGCUCGGAGAGUGACAGGAGGCGAGGACUACAUCGUCCCGGGAGGAAGUCAAAGGGUCGAUCAUCCAGUUCUGAUUCAGAUUAUCUCAAAGUGAGGAGGAGGAGAAAGGAAAUGGAGAACCGGAGAGGAAUAUCUCAUGACAGGACAAGGCGAAGGUCCCAGUCCACAUCUGACUCCCAUGAUGAAAGCAGUGAUAAAGAAAGAAGAAGACACAGAAGCCCUGACAGAUUUAGCCCAGUCAGAGACAGAGACAGAGACAGACAGAGGAGGGAGUUGAAUAGAGGCAGAGAGAAGUGGCAGAGUAGCAGCAGAGAGAUGGACAAAGGCAGAGAGCGAAGGAAGAGGAGUGAAGACAGGGAGAGAGGGAGGAGUGAGAGGAGUGAGAGGAGUAGAGAGAGGGCAGACAGGGAUAGAGGAAGGCAGCGCUCAAAUUCACCUGAGUCAUCAGAAAGCUCUGGGUCUGAUCAUGAGAGCCACACGCUCAAGGAAAAGGAGGACAAGAAAAAACAGAGAGAGAUGAUGAAAGCUCUGGAGACGCCAGAGGAGAAGAGGGCCAGAAGACUGGCAAAGAAAGAAGCAAAGGAAAAGAAGAGGAGAGAAAAGAUGGGUUGGAGCGAGGAAUACAUGGGAUACACUAAUGCAGACAAUCCCUUUGGUGACAACAACUUAUUAGGCACAUUCAAAUGGCAGAAGGCACUGGAUAAGAAAGGCAUUGGCCAUCUUGGAGAAAAAGACCUCAAAGAAAGAAACAAAUGUAUCCAAGAGGAGAACCGUAGAGAGCUACAGAAGGUAAAACAGCUUCGUCUGGAGCGGGAGCGAGAAAAGGCCAUGAGAGAGACGGAGCUGGAGAUGUUGCAGAGAGAAAAAGAGGCAGAGCAUUUCAAGACCUGGGCUGAACAGGAAGACAACUUCCAUCUGCAACAGGCCAAACUACGGUCUAAGAUUCGCAUCCGUGAUGGUCGUGCCAAGCCCAUUGACCUUUUGGCAAAGUACAUCAGUGCAGAGGAUGACGAUCUUGCUGUGGAGAUGCAUGAACCUUAUACCUUUCUCAAUGGGCUGACCGUGACCGACAUGGAUGACCUGCUGGAGGAUAUCAAGGUGUAUAUGGAGUUGGAGCAAGGCAAAAACGUAGACUUCUGGAGAGAUAUGACGACCAUCACAGAGGACGAGAUCAGCAAACUGAGAAAACUUGAGGCCUCUGGGAAAGGACCAGGAGAUCGCCGUGAGGGCAUCAACACGGCUGUGAGCACUGAUGUGCAGACUGUUUUCAAAGGAAAGACUUACAGCCAGCUGCAGGCGCUGCACCUGAACAUCGAGACCAAGAUUCGGGCUGGAGGAUCCAAUCUUGAUAUUGGUUACUGGGAGAGUCUGCUGCAGCAAGUCAGAGUCUACAUGGCUAGAGCCAGGUUGAGAGAGCGACACCAGGAUGUGCUGCGCCAGAAGCUGUUCAAGCUGAAGCAGGAACAGGGGGUGGAAAGUGAACCUUUGUUCCCCAUCAUCAAAGAGGAGCCAAGGAGCGAGGAAGAAGACAGCAGGAAAUCAGGAGAGCAAACUAGGGUGACCACACCAGGAGAACCCUGCCCGUCUUCCUCUUUGUCCACCACAAGACAUAACAGAGAACAAGAUGAUGAGGUAGAGGAGGCAGGCCCAUCCACAUCAGGAAACCAGGAGGGUGGAGGAGAAAAGGGGGACGAGAAGGAUGAAGAGAAGAAGGGUGAAGUGGUGGAAGCUGUGCUGACUGAGGAGGAUUUGAUCCAGCAGAGUCAGGCGGAGUACGACUCUGGGCGCUACAGCCCAACGCUACUCAUGCCAUCUGAGCUGCCGCUGGAUACACACACAACCACACUGGAGGAGGACAUUCACAGACUGCAGUUAGCACGCAGGCAGCUACAAGUCACCGGUGACGCCAACGAGAGUGCAGAGGAUGCCUUUGUACGUCGUGCCAAAGAGGGUAUGGGCAAUGACGAAGCCCAAUUCAGCGUGGAGUUCCCGGUCGCGGGGAAGAUGUACCUGUGGGCAGACAAAUACCGCCCCAGGAAACCUCGCUUCUUCAACAGGGUCCACACAGGCUUCGAGUGGAACAAAUACAACCAGACACAUUAUGACUUUGACAACCCUCCACCCAAGAUUGUCCAGGGUUACAAGUUCAACAUCUUCUACCCGGAUUUAAUUGACAAACGCUCCACCCCGCAGUAUUUCCUCGAGCCCAGUCCUGACAACAAGGACUUUGGGAUUUUAAGGUUCCACGCAGGCCCUCCCUACGAGGACAUUGCCUUCAAGAUUGUAAACAGGGAGUGGGAGUACUCACAUCGUCAUGGCUUCCGCUGUCAGUUCGCCAAUGGGAUCUUCCAGUUGUGGUUCCACUUUAAGAGGUACCGCUACAGGAGAUAGAAACCACGGACCAGGAGCCCAG